AUGGUUCUGCUGCUCGGCUCUAUCGACUUGCUAUCGCAGUUCGCAAGCGUAAGCUUACUCGCCGUAGCUGCAGCAUCACCCUCUUUGUUCGCCAGGAACAACCCUCCGCAACCACCAUGUGUCUAUCCGUACACGAAGUUCGUCUACUCGGGGUGUUUUGCAGACUCUGUCGCUAGUCGUGCUCUUCCAUUCAAGGCUGAUCUUGAAUUCACCAACGCCACAAUCGAACAGUGCACGGCUUAUUGCAAAGGCAACAACUACAGAUAUGCUGGCCUUGAGUACUAUGGACAAUGUUUUUGCGGAGCCAGUGUGUCGGCUGUUGUCGCCCCUGAAGUGGAAUGUAACUUUCCCUGUAACGGCGACCCAACUCAAGCUUGCGGAGGAGAAGAUCGCGUGUCUAUCUACCAAGACCCCACAUUUCCCGAUGCAGAUGACGUCGCGGUCUCGGCUGAUUUCUUGUCCCUUGGUUGUUACACUGAAGGCGAUAGCGGCCGCUCUCUUGACUAUUCACAAUGGGACUACCUCAACAUCUCAGCCAUGACCACAGAGAUGUGCCUCACCGCUUGUGGUGCAAAAGGCUUUCCAUUCGCGGGUACAGAAUUUGGACGAGAGUGCUACUGUGGUGUCGUCUUAGGCAACGGCACCGUCAAUGCAGAAUCUGAC